AUGGAUGAUCCAUUUGCCGUUCUACGGAUUCCUUCUUUUACGGUGCGCAAGGAAUCUGAUCUACCCAAGUUGAAGGAGAGGGCUAAGAACUUAGUGAAGCAGUAUGAGAAAGUCAACAAGUUUGACAAAGCCCGUGAAGUUGAAGUGGCUUACAGAAGUGUGAAGGAAAUGGUCAUCAAGAGAGCCAACUGCGCCGGGUCAAAAGCCUUCAACAAAGUGAUGGUGAAUCGGCCUGCAAAGUCGUCCUCCGAAAAGGUGCCGGAGAAGUCCGGGGAAAAGUCCGGUCCCAAAAACCCUGCCGAGGUUCAUUUUCUGAAAGCUCAGGGUGCCAGGGGCACAGCGAGCGCAGGCACAGCCGCGGCUAGCGAAAAGCCGGUGCCUGCCCCAUCGCAACCCUGCAAGAGCCGCGAGGAGCGGCUGAAAGAAAAGCUGGAAGCUAGAAGAGCCGCUGCCAGCGAGAAAGACAAGAGAGCAGCUGCCAUUAAAGAGAAGCUGGCGGCAAAACGUGCCAAGAAGAAUGGAGACGCACUCCCAAGUGCAAGCUCUCCGGUUGAGUCAAUGCCAUCCCUUGAAAACAUGGCUAGUCCCGACAGCUCUGGUGUGGAAGCCGAUGCCGACCAUCGGAAGGAGGCUGGAGCGGGUACUGAUGAGCACAGUCACAAUGCAAGUCCCGACCAGAAUCCUCAUCCUCAAGGUCCUGACGGUGAUGACGGUCCCAACAUGCCUGAAGAAGACAUGGCGGGCGGCUACCUUUGGAGAGCAGCUGGCCUAGUUCUUGCAACUUUGUACCCGGACUGGGACUUCAUCAGAAAUGCAUGCUUUCACCUACCACCUGCACACGGGGCUAAGACCUUGAGAUUUCAAGAGUCACCGUGGAGGUCUGAAGCACCGGUGACGGCGCCAAGCGAGAUGCAGGUCACAGGUCAGCUGGGCGCAGUCAUGAGCGAGUCCAGCAGCAUCUCUCUCACGUACGCGCGCAUGUUCAUCCGGGAGCUGGACCCUCAGAAAUCAUUUCUCGACCAGGCCCAAAUACAUUUGAACGUCCCAGAAGGUGCCACCCCCAAGGAUGGCCCGUCAGCUGGGGUGACGAUGGCUGUGGCGUUGGUGAGCUUGGCACUGGAAGUUCCUGUGAGGCCAGAUGUGGCCAUGACUGGAGAGCUGAGCUUGAUGGGAAAGGUCUUGAAGGUGGGUGGCAUCCAAGAAAAGGUCAUUGCUGCUCGACGAGAGAAUGUCAAGACGAUACUCAUGCCACGGCAGAACGAGGCAGACUUCACCGAGAUCAAAGAGUAUUUACGAGCUGGCCUCACUGCUCACUUUGUCGAUCAUUUCGACGAUGUAUAUAGAUAUGCCUUCGAAGGCACAGAGGCGCCGCCGUUGCCGUUUCAGCCCAGGGGUCUACCCGCCAAGACCGUGGUGACACCGGCUGAUGCCAUGCCUCCACCACUCCCCGAGGCCCCACGUCGUGUUGAGACCUGUUUUGCCGAACUGACUCGCAGAAAGAUCAGAAAAUCAUGUGAUGUGGUUGCUUGA